AUGGUCCAUCAUCACUGUGUGGACCAUCAAGCUUCCAGCUUCAGCACCAUCAACAAACUGUCUCACAUCGAGAACCAGCUCAGAGACUUGCUGCAGGACCUGGACACCAUACCAUCAGAGCACUUGGACCAGAUGAGGAGAGUGAAGGACAGUGAGAGGAGGACCAGGCAGCGUGAGGAGAAGCUUCGUGAGCAGCAGCAGAAGCAGAAGGAGAGAAUGAGGAGGUAUCUGGAAAGAUCUCUGGAGGAACCCAAGAAAGUGCUAAAGAAGAAGCCCACGCCCAAGUUUGUCCCCACGGUCCAGAAGGUCCCAGAGUCUAAAGAGACCGGGUCAAGAGACGAAGAAGAGACCAGGAGAUACCUGUUCCCCUCCGACGAGUCUGACUAA